GCUUCGCACUGGAAAAAUGGCCACUGAGCUGGGCGGCGGGGGAGAGCCAGGUCAGAGGCUAAAUGUGGCACUUGGACAGUAUGAAAGAGACGAGAUUAUGAGAGCUACUGGUGAGCAGAAAAAUGCUCCUGGUGGUGAUGGCAUAUCAGGAUCCAGGAUGAUGGACCAAAGCUUGCCAACUCUAAUCACAGAGUAUGAUAAACACUUGGAAGAAAUGAGAGAACAGCUGCAGCUUUAUCAGGCACAAAUGAGUGGGAUGAAACUAAAAUUUGAACAAGUCACCAAGGAAAAUGAAAGGCUGCAUGCGGAGUUGAAAGAGGCUCUUGAGAAGCAACUGGAGGCUCUUCCUUUCAUGCCUCUGGGAACCGAUAUUCCUGCAGAUGAAGGAAUAGUGAGAAACCUUCAAGAACAACUACAACUGUUGAAUCAAGAAAAAGAACAAGCAAUAGAGCUCUGGCAGACUGUGUUACAGGAGCAUGAUCGACUCCAGCAGCAGUACCAGGAACGCAUGACUGAAACGCAGAUUCAUGUGGCUGAAAGACAAAAGCAGAAAGAUCAACUGACUGGCUUUCAGCAGUUGACUCGGCAACUGCAUAUAGCCAAUGAGAAAAUAGAGUUGAGCAAUCAACAGUUUCUGAAAACUGUAACAGAACAGAAUGUGGAACUAGAGCAGCUACGAAAACAACUGAGGCAAGCCAAAACAGAUGGGCGGACAGCAAAUGCUAAGCUUGAUGAAAUGACCAGAUUGACAGAGAAGCUUCAAGGCCAAUUGGAGAGAAAGGAAGAAGACGUGAUAUCUGCCCAGCAAAGAGAAACAGCAUCUGACAAACGCUUGCAGCAAAUGCAGUCUAGUAUAAAACAAUUAGAAACAAGAUUACGUGUUACUGUCCAAGACGCUGAACAGCUGAGAACAGAAAGAACAGCCCUGGAGAAACAAAUCGGAGAGCUUCAGACAAAGUAUGCUAAUCUAGAAAGGGAGAAGUAUGAUGCUGUUGCAAAAGUCCAAGAUUGCAUACAACUCUUAGAAGAAGCUAACCUACAAAAAAGUCAGGCACUCUUUGGGGAGAAGCAAAAGGAAGAGGAAAUAAAAAAAAUGAAAGAUGAAAUGACUCAACUUGCAGAAGAUACUGCUGCAAGAAUUAGAAAGGCAGUAGACUCUGCGAAGAAGCAAUAUAAUGUGCAGAUUUCUCGACUAACAGAAGAACUUUCAGCUCUUCAGAUGGAAUGUGGAGAGAAACAGGGUCAAAUUGAACGAGCCAUUAGAGAAAAGAGAGCAGUGGAAGAAGAACUUGAAAAGAUUUACAGGGAAGACAGAGGACAUGAAUCUGACAAUAGAAAACUAGAGCAACUGCAUCAGAAAUACUUACUUGCGGAAACUACAAAAGGUGACCUUCAGCUAAGUCUACAGACAACACAAAAUAAACUGAAACAACUGGAAAUGAACUCUGAGGAAGAGAAAUCUCGUUGCCAGGAAGUUAUCUGUAAAUUGCAAAGCAUUCUGGAUUCAGAAAGAGAAAAGAGUGCCUUUGUCAGUGAUCAAAGGCUAAAACUUCAGCAAGAGAAUGAACAAUUGCAAAAAGAAAUGGAGGGCUUGAGAAAACUGGCCAUAGAGGCUCAACAAAAAGCUAAAAUAAAGAUAAGCACAAUGGAGCAUGAGCACGCUGUGAAAGAACAUGGAUAUGAAGCUCGACUUAAGGAAAUGGAAGACACCAGUCAAAAGUCCACUGCUGAACUUAGACGGCUGUUAGUAGCUCAGCAAAAAGCAACAAAUCGGUGGAAAGAAGAAACAAAAAAUCUUACUGAAACUACAGAAGCCAGGAUCAGUAAGCUAAAGAGCGAGCUGAGUCAGCAAAAACUUCGUAGCCAGGAGCUCAUUUCUCAGCUGGAAAUGGCAAAUGAAAAGGUAACUGAGGAUGAAAAAUUAAUGAUGGAAUAUCGAGAAUACAUCAAUAGGCUUCAAAGGCGACUGAGCCAGGCAGAACAGAGGGCAGCUACAGCAACUCAAAAGCUCAGCCUGAUAACUACACAAAAGAAAAAAGCUGCUUCCCUGAAGGAUCUGGAAAAUAUUUAAACAUAUGUACUGUUCAUUCACACCAUGUUG